AAAUGGCGCACGAAAGAGGCAACUUUGAAAAUUCUGUCAAAAAUUUGAUAAAACUCGUCACUUGUUUCUCGGAUAAAGAUGAGAACUUCCCAAUUUGUUUGAACUUUGCGUUAUCCAACUUCAAGUAUCAUCGCUUUCUUGAUGUUGACAGUCACAAGGUCACCAGAGCUAUUGAUGGGAUUAUUGAGAAAUUCCAAGUCCAUUCUCAACAACCAAAGGCAAACUCCUUCAAGAAACUUGUUGAUGAAUUCUUGGAGGGUCCCCUACCAAAUGAAAAUCCAAAGUCGGACACCCACUAUGCCCUGAUUUCCCUUCUCCUCAGUUUAUCAGAAGCGCCAACCAAAAAGAAAUAUCAGCCACUUGCCGAGAAAGAUCAGGACGUUGAGGAAGAUGCGUUUGACUGGGCAGGUUAUCUCCUGGAGGGGGAGAAUGUACGGCAGAUAUAUCCUGAGUCUGAUUCGGAAUAUUCCGACGAGGAAGAAGAGGAAGUGCCGCGUGACUCGACGCUUCGGGAAGCCGACUCUGGGAUCGCUGUCAACAAUGAAUUGAUUAGCCGGGUCGUGCCACCGGGCGUGGAUGUGACGAUCGCCCUUGAUGACUUUCUUGAAGACGACGACGGAAGAUCGUGGCUCGCUCAGAAUGUCGUCGUUCAGUAUUGGAAGAGCAUUCAGCGGUGUUCUACGCCAAACUUCCAUCGGUCUUGUCGGCUCGGUGACGAAUGGGCUGACCAUGUUUCCGAAAUUCAUCCAUUUUCUGGUUCGGCUGAUCGGAGAAAAAUGACAGAAGCUCAGGUCUGCCGUGAAUUACUCUGGAUGAUACUCGGUUCAUCAAAUCUCUACAUAUUCAAAUUUGACGGCUCCGAAUUCCACGUGAGAGAAAAUAUAGAAGUUUCUCACCUGACUCCAGAAACUCUUGCCCGCUUGUUGCAAAUGUUUGGCAGAUAUGGCAGCCUCAUCCAAAAGCUCAACAGAUUUUUAGAAGACGCGUUAUUCACAUCGCCGAGUCAAAGCCUCUGUGCAACUUACAUUGCAUUUGCUGGCUCACUUUAUCAGUACUUUCAAGGGAUGAAUAAAGAAGUUGUCAAGCUCGAACAAGUUUGCGUCAGACAAGAGGAGACAGUUACCCUGUCACAGCUCCUACAGAAGCUAAAACCCAGGUUCCAACACCUCGACGUCUUGGACCAGGUAUUUGAAGAAGGCAUCUUGGCCGCCCUGGACAUCGAAAGCCACGCCCAGAAAGCGUCACACCUCCUUAAUGUGUUGUAUGAUGCGCUGAUAAGCGUCGACACGUAUGGGGAGGAUCGAUCAGACGCGGUUUCAUUGUUGUUACCUAUAUGGAUCGAGACGAGCAAACCAUACUUGGAUAUCAUCAGUGACUGGGUCAUGGUGGGGAACCUCACUGACUACCAGAAGGAGUUCAGUAUUCAGAGGAAUCACAAAAUUAAAUCAGACGAAGAAACGUUUUGGGACACUGCGUUUACUCUACAUUGCACGCUCGUACCAACGACGACCAAGGACGACUCAUCGCAAGCAAUGCCACCUAGUGGUGAUGCAGAGAACAAAAAGAGUGAAAAGCUACAAAGAGGAACGUUGGGUCGAGCAGUGGUGCCAUCUUUCCUUAAGCCGGUCAUGAAUGAGAUCAUACUGACAGGGAAGUCGAUGGAGCUACUUCAGGAUCUCGGGAAGUUGGUGGAUGUGUCCGGGUCUUCUAAGGGACAGACUUCACUUUACGACAAAUUCCUGUCAGAACUGAAAACACUUCUCGGAACGAAAUCAGAUUCUAGUUUGAACUGUGAUAGUUCUACUGAUGACAGCCAGGCGGCACCACUGUUCAAGGGCACGUUGAAACAUCACAUGACAACGAAGACUGGCCACAACACGUUACUCGAAAUCAAUUUUGAAAAUAUUUACAAUUCGUCGGGAUUUCGUGCCGAACUGUUCAACACAAAGAAUGAAGAAAUACUAAAAGACCUCGAGAAUCUGAAAUGUUCCUCCCUUGUGCCAAUCCAGCUGAUCCUAAAGCAGUGUCUCUACCCUCAUAUCACCUCAAGAUAUGAAUACAUCUCGUCACAACUGUUGCAGAUUCUAUGGAAUGACUACCAGCUGGCCGAUUAUCUUGCCGCCAUGAGGCAUUUCUUUCUAAUGGAGGCUGGCGACACGAUGUACGACUUUUCCAGGGAAAUAUUCGAGAAGCUUCGCCUCCACGAACCUUGGAACGACACAACAUUCCUCAACUGGGCCCUUCACGGUGCGUUACAAGUUCACUUCCCGCGUGAAAUCGACCGUCUUCUCGUCCAUAUCGAAGAGGUCCCAAUAACACCGCGCACAAGCUACCCGAUAUAUGCCCUCAACUCGCUGCGGCUCUACUACAAAGUGCCGUGGCCGGUCAGUCUCAUCAUCGACUCCCGAUGCCAGAGAGUGUACAACCAGAUCUUCACAUUCGUGAUGCAAAUCAAGAGAGCAAAGUACAGUCUCGAGCAGCUGAGUUUUGCAGAUCUUGAGAAAGUGGAAACAUACGAACAGAAAAAAGACGUCGACGAAACGUUCUUCAGCAUUUAUCAGACGGAGGAAGUGUACAAAUCCAGCCUCGUGCAUAGGAUGCAUAUCUUCAAGCUGAGGCUAUUACAUUUUGUGAACAGUCUGGAGAACUACAUCAUGACUAGGAUUUUGCACAGCACGGGCCUAGAGUUCCAGCGAGAGAUCCGAGAGGCUAAAGAUCUAGAUCAAGUUCUUCAAGCUCAUAACAGCUAUGUCAACAAAAUCUUCGAGAUGUGUCUGCUACCCAAGAGGGUCCAGCAUCUGAAAGAUGCAAUUAUGAAGGUGCUGAGUCUGUCCUUGACCUUUCAAGCCAAGUGGGAUGCCGGGGUCGUGUCCUUGACCUUGAAAGAGCUUUCUGACAUGGAGAAAAACUUCUCAAAGUGUAUCCAUUUCCUGGCAUCGUUUCUCGUGAACGUCUCGAAGAGAGGGACAUUUCCUCAUCUGGAUUCGCUUGCUUCUGCCGUGAUUGAAUCAAGUGAACAUUGUUAGUGAUAUGAAAGAGUGAGGUCUUGCCCUGUCGUGACCGAGAUGUCACAUCAUUUUUGUCUCGAGCCGUGACAUCGUUUUGACAGGUAACCUGGUGAGAAACGGCUCCGCUGAUGCCCCAUUUUUAGUGGCCAUUUUGCUUGCCAAAAUGUAACAAUGGGCAUCUCUAGACAGUCUCUUUAUUCUCCCUUUAAAGCUGCUGGACAGCUUUUGUUAACAAUGUAAUAGCUGUUGUGUACAGUUUAACAGCUGUUGUGUACAGUUUAACAGCUGUUGUGGACAGUUUAAUAGCUGUUGUGGACAGUGUAACAUGUGCAGUGUAACGGCUGUUGUGUACAGUUUAAUAGCUGUUGUGGACAGUUUAACAGCUGUUGUGGGCAGUGUAACGUGCAGUGUUACAGCAGUUGUGUACAGUCAAAAAGCUUUUGCAUGUACUUUGUAGUAAUAGGUUUUUAACAAUGAUGUAUGUUGUGACACUUUUGAUAUUAAAUUGAAAUA